AUGGCGAGAAGGAAAUCGGGCUUCUUCAAACACACUACCCUCAAGGUGCGGGACGACUCCGUCACAAAGGCAUCGGAGCUCUCAGUUCGACAAUCCAUCUUGCCUAUCAUACUGGUCACAACUCUUUAUUUCCUCUGGGGUUUCGCAUACGGCCUCCUCGACACCUUGAAUAAACACUUCCAAGGCGUUCUCGGAAUCUCUCGUGCUCGUUCCUCUGGUCUUCAAGCAGCCUAUUUCGGCGCCUACCCAUUGGCCUCCCUGGGCUAUGCAAACUGGAUCCUCCGCCACUUCAGCUAUAAAGCCGUGUUCAUGUUCGGUCUUACUCUGUAUGGCAUUGGAGGCCUCCUUAUGUGGCCCGCUGGUCUGAAGAGGUCCUUUGGAGGAUUCUGUGGCGCCACUUUCAUCAUUGGAUCUGGGCUGGGCAGCCUCGAAACAGCAGCAAACCCAUUCAUCGCCGUGUGCGGACCGCCCAAAUACUCGGAAUUGCGCAUCAACCUGGCGCAGUCGUUCAAUGCUGUGGGAACAGUGGUCGGGCCGGUUCUGGGAAGCUACGCCUUCUUCAAGAAUACUGGUGAUGACCUGCAGAGUCUGAAGAACGUGCAAUGGGUGUACCUGGCCAUUGCCAUUUUUGUCUUUAUCCUCGCGUUCGUGUUUUACGUCUCCCCGAUCCCGGAGGUUACAGACGCGGAUAUGGAACAUCAGGUCACUGUCACCCACGACGGGCUGGAAGAGAGGAACAAGAAGCCGUUUUGGAAACAAUAUACCGUCUUCCACGCGACAUUCUCUCAAUUCUGCUACGUCGGGUCCCAAGUCGCUUUGGCAGGAUAUGCCAUCAACUACUUCACCGAGAUCGCGCCGAUAUCCAACGCGACGGGCGCAGCCCUCCUCGCCGGCGCGCAGGGGUGUUUCGCCGUGGGCCGGUUCUCGGGCUCGCUGCUCAUGCGCUUUAUCCGCCCGCGCUAUAUCUUCCUGCUGUACCUGACGUCGGUGAUCGCGUUCUGCUCCGCGGCCAUCACGCAGCGCAGGAACACCGGCAUCGCCAUGUUCAUGCUGACCUUGUUCUUCGAGUCGGUGUGCUUCCCGACCAUCGUGGCGCUGGGCAUCAGAGGGCAGGGCCGCCAUACCAAGCGAGCAGCGGGGUGGAUUGUCGGCGGCGUCUCCGGCGGCGCGGCCGUGCCCCCUCUCCUGGGCGCCACCGCAGACUGGCACAACAGCACGCCCUUCGCGCUCGUCGUGCCCGUGUGCUUCUUCAUCGCCAGCUGGACCUACGCCCUGUGCGUCAACUUCGUGCCCUACUACCGCAUCCCCGCCGACGCGAUCGGCGAGUCCGACGUCGGUCUGGACCAGAGCGGCGAGGCCCGCGCGAGUGGCGUGGAUGUGCAUACGGAUGGAGACGGCGACGUGGAGAAGGCCGGCGCCGUGCAGAUCGAGAGGGGCGGGAAAGAGGACGUGGACAAGGUGGUUGAGAAAGAGUGA